AUGGCAUCUCCUCCCCCUCCGGCGCCACAGCCAGCACCUGCGACUAAUGGCACCCCCGAAGUCCAACUCGACGUAGCCAAACUACACGCCUUGCCCACCGAGCAGCAAGACCUAUACCUCCUCACUUUCGUGUCGGAACUGCAAAAACAUGUCGAACAACUGUCGACCGAUGCCCUGCCCGUACACCAGGCCUCGAUCAAGAAAGAGAUCAUCAAGAUCGUGGGACUCGGUGCACCGGUCCCCUCGCGCGUGGUCAGAAAUACGCUGGGAAGCAUAUUGGCAGACUUGUUUGGACGUGGCACUCGAAGUCUGCUAUAUGAGACCAUCAAUGAGCUAGUGGCCAUGCUCAACACCGGGAAGCCGGACAAAGAUCAAAGUUCCAAGCACGCUGCGGUGGUCUGCCUGGGCGAGACGUUCCGUGCUGCUGGUGACAGUGCCAUCAGUCUUUCGGGACUUGUGGUGGCAACGCUCCUCAAACUACUCAAGACUUCGCACACGGGAUUGAGAGGUCGAGUCUUCAGGGCUAUCAGUGGUGUCGUCAAAGGAAUCACCACCAGCCUGGACGAGCACGUGGCCAGGGAUAUCUGGAAGCAAGCCCGAAAUGCCGCUGCAAGUGAGAAGUCCUCGUUCGUCCAAAGAUGCGCCUGUGUUUGCCUCAGAGAUCUUCUAGGGGAGACCGCCUAUUUCAACAAUUCAAGCGACUUUGACCACCUCAAGACGGCUAUCUGGAAGGCUUCAGAUAGCGCUGUGCCUUCUGUCAGGCACGCUGCCGCGUUUGCAUUGGCAGAGGCCCUCCGACAAGCAUACUCAGAUGGCAAGGGCACCGAUGUACCUGUGAUCCGGAAACCAAAGAAGUCCAAAAAGCCUGGUGCGGACUUGGACGAAGAGCUACCAAAUGAGCGGCCCGGCUCACCGAAUCCCAAUUCCGCCAAGUCGGUGGUCCGUCUCUCAUUCUCCCUAAAUGAAAUGCUCCGGGUGCUUUCGACCCAGUACUGCAAAGCAGCCACAACAAAUCGAGCACGAGCGUGCAUUGCCAUGUGCUACAAAUAUCUCCUCCGAAUGUUACCGCGCAAGCUUCUGGAGGAAAACUAUGGUUCGUUGGCCGUUCGCAUGUAUGCCGACCUUCUCAACCAUCCGACGAUUCACUUCAACCGAUAUCGCAUGCUGCUGACCAGAAAACUGGUACAGGGUAUUCUGUCAAGUGUCACCAGCCUCCUCACCGAGAAUGCCCAGAUCAAUGCUGCAAGGUUCAUCAUCAACGAGGUUCUCAAGAAUUACCCCCAGGUCAUGCCGGAACGGAGAGAACCUUCAAAACGGAUCAUCGCCGGCGCUUUGACCACGUUGACAGAUUUACUUGAACGUCUUGGCCCUGCCGCGAGCAUAUUUCAAGACUCUUGUCGAGAAGCACUCUUCCAAGUGGUGCAACAUCCCAGUUACACGGUUCAAAGCCACGUCAGCCAUUGCUUCCGAGCUUUUGUUCUGGGAUGUCCAAGUCAGCUUUUCCGUAGCAUUGAACAUGCUUUGGGCGAGGUACAGAAGGAAUUCCAAGCCUCUGACGGCAAGCCACCGCAUAGGAAAUCACUGGGCUACGCGAUGAGCAUUGCGGUGAUGACGAGCUCCGCCCGACAACGGCCGCUAUACGGCUCCACGCGCAUUUAUUCCAGCAUAUUUACAUUCGCCACAGAUCUGUUGAAGUCCAGUGCCGCAGCCGAAUUGCGGACAUCGGCCAACCAAGUCCAGGUGGCCUGGACGCUGAUCGGUGGCUUGAUGAGCUUGGGACCUAGUUUCGUCAAAGUCCAUCAGAACCAGCUCAUGCUUUUGUGGAGAAAUGCACUGCCGCCACCCCUCACCCAUGAGAAUGCCGCGAAAAGGGGCCACUUGGAGUUGAGCUUCCUCUCGCACGUUCGCGAGUGCGCAUUGAGUGCCCUAUUGAUGUUUCUUACCUCCUGUAGCAGUCUAGUCACGACCGACGGCUCCAAGCGUAUAUCGACCAUGUUACAAAACACCAUCCAAUUCUUGGAGAGUUUGCCGGCCACCCGAGAAGCAGAGGACUUGUCACACCGCCUGGUCCCCGCCCUACAGUUGCAGGAUUUCGCCAUCAUACUGCGACGGCGUGUUCUUCAAUCUUUUACCGCUCUGAUCGGUUUGAAACACCUCGACCAAUCCGAGGUGGUGUCCCAGUCCGACCUCAUCGGUCUGACGAUGCGGACUUUUACAGAUCCUGAGCGACCGGUGUUAAAGUCCCUCGAAACUUCACUUGCAAGCGCAGCGAGUAAUUUCGAGGGACUGUAUUCGACCGGUGACAAUUGGAGCUUCGGAGUCAGCAGCCUGGUGGAGAAUGUUGAUACAUAUCUUCAUCUACAAAGCCGAGCGCAAACAGAGGUCGUGAGAUCAACUGAGCAAGAGGUUGACUUCCCGGACAAGAUCGUGAGUGCUUCGGGUUUGCCGGCGAUCGAACAUGAUCCCGUCUUGCUGUGCCGUCACGACGCUGCAGUGGACGACGCAGAGAUCAGCUCCCCUGCGACAUCGUGUGUUAAUCUUGCCAUCCGGUUGUUCGCUAUAUCGUUCCCACUCCAGUCUCCUCGAAUCCAAGAGAGCACAGUCGAACAACUCAUCACCACGGUAUCGCAGCCUCUACAACGGGAGCCGGGCCGAAAGGCUGCCAUGCAGGUCAAUUCAGCUUUGGCCCUUCUCUGUGGCUUCGCCGUUGCAAACAACGAGACGCCGUUCGUGGCCGGCAAGCUUAACGUGGUUGCAACAGGCGGUGUGAUUGUUGAACUACUCGGCAAAUAUGUCUGUGCCGCAGACUCUGUCCUUCGUCACAUUGCAGCUCGCGCUAUCGGUCGCCUCUGCAACCUCGCAGGCACUCAGUUUACAAAUAAAGAGGUCAAGGUUCUUAUUGACACCAUAGUCGCCAAUCGAGAUCCCAACGCUCGUGCCGGGUGUGCACUGGCAUUAGGCUACAUUCACUCGGAAGUUGGUGCCAUGGCGGCUAGUUUACAUAUCAAGUCCAUCGUCGGCGUCCUGCUCUCCCUCUGCAGCGAUGGACACACGACGGUUCACUUCUGGGCGCUGAAGGGGCUGGUCCAGGUUGCCGAAUCCGCCGGCCUCGCCUUCUCGACCUAUGCCACGAAUACUCUGGGCCUCCUCGCUCAACUGUACAGCAACGAUACGCACAACGAGGAGUCGGCGUCGGUUGCUACUUCUAACCUUGAGCUGGAACUAUUCUCCCCGUUAGCGCUGGGUGAAUGUAUCGAUUCCAUCAUCAAUGUCCUGGGCCCUGACCUGCAGGAUGUGUCGAAGGCGCGCAACCUGAUUCUCAUCUUGAUAGGCUACUUACAGCAGGAGGCGUACGUGCAACUUCGCGCUGAAAGCUUCCAAUGCCUCCGGCAUUUGUCACUGUAUGCCCCGGCUCACAUCCAGUUCUCGAAAUACGUACAAGACCUACAGAUUAAUCUAGCGUCUGAAGAGGGAUUGCUCCAAUUAACAGCGGUUCAAGGGUUGGGGGAACUGAUGAAACGAAAUUCCGCCGAAGUGGCAAGGGUGGCAACUUCCAAGCUCAGCGAUGAUUUGUGGACCCGACUGGACGACUCAACCAACGACGUCGCCGUCCAGGCCAUGUUACAGAACUGGAUGCAACAGACCAUUCUCACCAAUCCGGCAGAGUGGAUCGAAAAGUGCCAGACGAUCCUGUCCAGGACGAGGGCGAAGACGGAAGCACCCUCCAAAACCGCGACGGUGACUGCAAAGACAGCUAUGCCGGAUCUCGCUGACGACGAGGUAGCUGGAUUCGCGGCAGCCGUUCAAGGUGAAAGUAGUGACCCUGCGCCAGAAGGACAAGAGUUCCUCCGCUGGCAAACUCGAGAUUUCGCCAUGCAAUUGCUGAGCGAAUCCAUGAACAUUAUCCAGGCUGCCAUGUUGUCGGAAGAAGUCAUCCACGCGGAAGAAGUGCUGCAAAGCAAGGUCGCCGAGGUCAUUCGCGUGGCUUUUUCAGCUUCGACAGCAAAUGUCGUGCAACUUCGGAUCUGGGGUCUUCGGAUCAUCGACCAGAUUUUGAAACUUUUUGGCAAGACCCCGGAUCCGGAUUUCCUUGAAGCGUCCCUACUCGAACAAUAUCAAGCGCAAAUCAGUUCGGCGCUGACGCCCGCAUUUGCGGCGGACUCGUCCCCCGAGCUAGCGGCGGAAGCCAUCGGGGUGUGCGCGACCUUUGUGGCGACGGGAAUCGUGACCAAUGCAGAUCGCAUGGGACGAAUAUUCAAAGUUCUCUCGAUGGGGGUGGAGAACCUCACACAACCCACUCCGGAGCCAUCGAUUGGCGAUCUCAAAGACCUGAGCCCCAACGCCCAGGCGAUGUUGAAGAUGAGCAUCUUGUCAGGCUGGGCGAAUCUUCAGCUGGCUAGUGGUGAGCAGCCAUACCUGGAUGAGAUCUUGCAGCCCUUCAUUCCGAAAUUAGCGCCGCUCUGGCUCACUUCGCUUCAAGAGUUUGCCGGGUUGAGAUUUGAACCCGAAAUCUCAGACACUCUGGGAGGUGAGGUCGCCGGUGGCAAUCUCGACGAACGAUACGCCUCGUUCAACCGGGAGGUCAGGCUGAAGUUCUAUGAACAGAAUUGGCUGAGCAUAGUGGAUGCGAUUGCUGUUUUGGUGGAAAGAGACAGCGAGUCGGUGUUUAGUGCGCUGGACAAUAAACGCAUCUCAUCCCUUGACGGCCAGACAGAUACCUCCGCUCCCUCGGGUCGAGACAUGAGCUUCAGAGAGGAACCGGUGGCGUUCUUUUUCAUUCUGUUUGGCCUCGCCUUCGAAGCAUUGGUGACUCAAGCACGAGAAGAUCCUUCACAGGUCUUGUCCAUCCUGCAGGCGCUGCGGAAGAUCCUAACCCCGGCCGUCAGUGGACACGCGAUCUACGAGGAGGCUGUCUUCAACGAAACCACCGACACGCUCGAUCGACUGGCGAUGACGAGCACCCGAGAAACACAGAGUGUGCUGGUGGAGAUUGCACGAAACCUUUCGCUCGACCACUUGACGGCCAAGAGUCAAAACCGUGACGACAAGCUCUCGGACGAUAUUGAGCAAUUAUUCGAACUGACUCGGAUCAUCAUCUUGGUGCUGACAGGUCUGAUCCCUACUCUCGAAGAUCCUCCGGGGCAAGCCAGCCGUCGCCUGGGAGAAGAAGGGAUGGCCUUGGUGGAACUGUCCUUCAAGGCACUCGUGGACGCGGCGGAGGUAUUCCCAGCCAUCAUUCGAGCCGACUUGCACGCUUGCAUCAUCCACAGCUACUGCACCAUGCUCGCCACGGGGAUCUGCCAAGACGAGGUACUCCCUCGCAUCAUGCCCAUCUUCAAAUCGUUCCUCCAAGAUGUCGGCCACGCGAAUCCUGGAGAAGCCGGUUCUCGACUGAUUCGCGGCUGUUUGCACCGGAUGCUCGCGACUCUGACUGUUGCCCAGCGCCGCGAGAACGACUCUGCCAUUACUUGCGCCAAGAACACGCUGCUGUCCAUGACGAUCCUCAUCACGACCGCAAGUGAGCUCAUCCCGGCGAAUGAUAAUCUUGUGCGACAAUUUCUAUCUGAGCUAUUGGAUUGCCUACAAGAUGUUGGACUCGCCAAGAUCGCUGCAGGCUGCAUUCGAUCACUCCUUCUCGCCAAACCCAAGAGCCCCUGUGAAGAGCUCAUCGCACGGACAUUGUGGAUGCAGUUGAUCCCCUUCAUCGCCGAUGAAGAGCGAGAUGAUCCAGAGAAUGUGAAACCGGCGCUCACGCAGUCACUGGUUGCGUCCGUGACCACGAUCCAAACGAGGGGCCGUUUUGCCGCCACCUCGAUCCUGGUGCCCGUCCUGCUCCUCCGCGCAACUCAUCGCUCGUCACCACCAGGGGCUGCCGCCGGCAAUGACAACAAUCGCAGUGUCGAAAACUCGCGCAAAGAGAGUGCAACGCGACUCUUGGAGCUUGUGGCUGCUGACCAGCUCGCGUUCAAGGUCACGGUAGGCUUGCUCAAUGAAGAGCAACGCGUGGAUUUGGAAAGUCUGCUUCGUGCGGCGGGAGUUGGGAAGCGCCAAAAGGCGGAGGACAAUGCCGAGGGCGCGGAUGCGGACGCUCGUCCGGCUAUUCAGCUUCGGAUGGAUUUUGAUUGA